GCAGGAAAAUAUCCCCUGAAGGAGCCGUCCCGCCUGUUCUGAGGGGUUUUUAUGUGAAUAUUUUUGGGCCCCCCUGCCCACACAGCAGCAUGGAUUCUCCUGACCUGCAGCUGGGCGGUUUGGGUAUGAAAUGACGGAUUCUGGCCAGGUCGCGUUCUGUAGCUUUCUUCUUGAACGGAUUAAAACUCUUCUGAAACUCUCCACUGGAUUCUCUGACUGCUUAACAGCCACUGAAGGAAAGGAAAACUCUUUCCCCCAACAUCUGAACGUUUGUUGCUGUUUAAGUUUAGUUUCAUCCUGUAAGUGUUAAACCAGGCUGAAAUGGCGUUCUUGCCAGUGAAGUUUGAUCUGCCCAAGCGGGUGAAGCUGGCCCAGGGCCUCUGGCUGCUCUACUGGGUCUCGGUGAUGGUCGGGAUCCUGAUCUUCUGCCUCGGGAUCUUCUUCAAGAUUGAGUUGCGGAAGAGAAGUGAGAUGAUGGACAACAAUGAGAGCCAUUUUGUGCCCAACCUGCUGAUCCUCAUGGGCAUGGUCGCCUGUGGGGUCAAUGCCUUUGGCGGCAAGGUGUGCCACGACUCUCUGGACCCCACCAAGUUCCCGAAGUGGAAGCCGAUGGUGAAGCCAUACCUGUUGUUCUGCUGCGGCUUCAACGUCAUGCUGCUGGUGACGGCGCUGCUCUGCUUCCUGAUGCAGUUUGCGCUCUACCUGACGCUGGCCGAGGGCCUGAAGAACGGCAUCAAGUUCUACAAGGACACAGACACACCGGGACGGUGCUUCAUGAAGAGGACGCUGGACAUGACCCAGAUUGAGUUCCGCUGCUGUGGCAACAACAACUACAGGGACUGGUUCGAGGUGCAGUGGAUCAGUAAUCGCUACCUGGACAUGAGCAAUGACGAGGUCAAAGACCGCGUUCUGAGUAACGUGGAUGGGAAGUACCUGAUGGACAGCGUCCCGUUCAGCUGCUGUAACCCCGGUUCUCCGCGGCCCUGCAUCCAACACCACCUGACCAAUAACUCCGCCCACUACGACUACGACCACCGCAUCGAGGAGCUCAACAUCUGGACCCGCGGCUGCCGCGAGGCGCUGGUGUCGUACUAUGGAGGCAUCAUGAACAGCAUCGGCGCCCUCAUCAUCAUCACCAUCUUCCUGGAGGCGGCCGACAUGGCGGGGCUGAAGUACCUGACCACGUCUCUGGAGACGCUGGCGGACCCGGAGAACCCGGAGAGCGAGAGCGAGGGCUGGCUGCUGGAGAAAGGCGUGAAGGAGACGUUUGCCGACCUGCUGGCCAAGCUGAAGACGCUGGGCAAGGCCAACCAGGUGGAGGAGGGGGGGGACACGCCCGCUGAGACCUGAACCCCCCCACCCCCCCACCCAAAGG